AUGAAUCCUCCGGAGAUGUGGAAGAGCUCAAGGAAUAAAGGAACAGGAUGGAAUGCAGUGGUGAUGGGAGAGCCGAGGCAGAUGAAUGCAGUAGCAGGAGAGAAUGUGGAGGAGGGAAAAGGCUUGGACCUACAACCAAAAACUAAAAUCAACGUAAAAGGGGCCCAGAUGGGCGCCUUAUGGGAUUCAGGAGCGACCAGUUCAUAUAUAAACCCAAAAACAGGAGAGGAGUUAGGAUUGGAAGUUACGAGAUACCCAGAGGAAGUACCUGUACAUAUGUUUGAUGGUUCAGAGAGUAUUGGUGGUCCCAUCUCAAAGUUUGUUGAAACAGGAAUUCAUGUGUCAAAUGAAGACGAAGUUUGGAUGAUUCGAUUGGACGUCACAAAGUUGUGUGAUGCAGAUGUGGUGAUAGGAUGGGAAUGGAUGAAGAAGGAAGGAAGGAGUGGUCCUGGAUGUUAG